GCGGGGCAGGCGAGCCGGCCCGGCCAUGGGGGACGGCGGCGCCGAGGAGGAGACGGUGGAGCUGCCCCUCACCGACGCAAACUUGACGGGCCAUGAGGAGAAAGUUGGCAUGGAAAACUUUGAACUGCUCAAGGUCCUGGGUACUGGAGCCUACGGGAAGGUGUUCCUGGUGCGCAAGCUCAGCGGCCACGAUGCCAGCAAGCUGUACGCCAUGAAGGUGCUGCGCAAAGCGGCCAUCGUGGCCAAGGCCAAGACGACGGAGCACACGCGCACUGAACGAACGGUGCUGGAACACGUGCGCCAGUCGCCCUUCCUGGUGACGCUCCACUACGCCUUCCAGACUGACUCCAAGCUCCACCUUAUCCUAGACUACGUGAGUGGUGGGGAGCUGUUUACCCAUCUGUACCAGCGGGACCACUUCUCCGAGGACGAGGUUCGCUUCUACAGCGGGGAGAUCAUUUUGGCACUCGAACACUUGCACAAGCUUGGCAUCAUCUAUCGCGACGUGAAGCUGGAGAACAUCUUGCUGGACAGCGAGGGGCACGUAGUGCUCACGGACUUCGGGCUGAGCAAGGAGUUUGUGACCGAGGAUAAAGAACGGACUUUCUCCUUUUGUGGCACCAUCGAAUACAUGGCCCCGGAAAUUGUACGGAGUAAAAGCGGGCACGGCAAGUCUGUGGACUGGUGGAGUUUGGGAAUCCUAAUGUUUGAGCUGCUGACAGGAGCCUCGCCCUUCACGCUGGAGGGGGAAAAGAACUCACAAGCUGAAGUGUCCAGGCGGAUCCUAAAAUGCAACCCUCCAUUCCCGUCGCUCAUCGGCUCCGUGGCCCGUGACCUGCUCCAGAAGCUUUUGUGCAAGGACCCCAAGAAGCGCCUGGGCUCAGGUCCCACAGGAGCACAGGAGAUCAAGGAGCACCCCUUUUUCAGGGGUCUGGACUGGAGUGAACUAGCAGCCCGCACGGUGAGGCCCCCCUUCAAGCCCCUCAUCCGCAGCGAGCUGGAUGUGCGGAACUUUGCCGAGGAAUUCACCAGCCUGGAGCCCAUCUACUCCCCCGCAGGAACUCCUCCCAGCCUCGACCGGGUAUUCCAGGGAUAUUCCUUCAUUGCUCCCUCCAUCCUUUUCAACCGCAACGCUGUGACAGCUGACGUGCUCGGGGCGAUGCUGGACUUGGAGCGACCAGGAGGUGCCGCUGUGGCCCGCAGUGCCAUGAUGAAGGAUUCUUCGUUCUUCCAACAGUAUGAGAUGGACUUGAAGGAGUCGCCCCUGGGUGAAGGCAGCUUCUCCUUGUGCCGCCGGUGCCGCCAGCGCCAAAAUGGGGCUGAAUUUGCUGUCAAGAUCAUCAGUAAAAGGAUGGAAGUGAACACACAGCGGGAAGUGGCUGCCCUGCAGAUCUGUGAAGCCCACCCAAACAUCGUCAAGUUACACGACGUCCACCAUGACCAGUACCACACGUAUCUGGUAAUGGAAUUGCUCCAGGGCGGGGAGCUCCUCGACCGCAUCAAGAAGAAGCAGCACUUCAGCGAAUCAGAAGCCAGCCAGAUCAUGCGCAGCCUCGUUUCUGCCGUCAGCUUCAUGCAUGAUGCUGGCGUGGUGCACCGUGACCUCAAACCCGAGAACAUUCUGUAUGCAGACGAGUCGGAGGGAGCCCCCGUGAAAGUGAUCGACUUCGGCUUUGCUCGCCUGCGGCCCCAGAACUCGCAGCCCAUGCAGACGCCCUGCUUCACCUUGCAGUAUGCCGCACCUGAGCUCUUGCAGGACGGGGGUUACGAUGACUCCUGCGACCUCUGGAGCCUGGGCGUGAUCCUGUACACCAUGCUCUCCGGGCAGGUCCCCUUCCAUAGCAACCAGGAAGGGAGUGCAGCGAACCACGCGGCUGAGAUCAUGCACAAGAUCAAGGAGGGACAGUUCUCCCUGGAGGGCGAGGCCUGGAAGAACGUGUCUGAGGAAGCAAAGGAGCUGGUUAGAGGUCUCCUCACAGUGAACCCUGCCAAGCGGCUGAAGAUGUCGAGCUUGCGUUACAGUGAGUGGCUCCAAGACGGCAGCGCCCUCUCUUCCACGCCUCUUAUGACUCCAGACAUCCUGGAGAGCUCAGGGCCAGCCGUGCGAACUGGCGUCAACGCGGCCUUUAUGGCCUUUAACAAGGGCAAGCGCGAAGGCUUUUUCCUGAAGAGCGUGGAGAACGCCCCCCUGGCCAAGCGCCGCAAGCUGAAGAUGUCAAGCACGGGGGCCGAAGCCCGCCGCAGCAGCAGCUCUUCCUCUUCCUCCUCGGGCUCCUCCUCGGCAGCCUCUUCCCGCCCCCACAAAGCCAAGGUUCCCACCAGUCGCCACGACCCGCCCUCAUAGCCCCUUUUGAAGGGGGUGCUCUCCGAAGGGCAGG